AUGGGCAAACAGAACAGUAAGCUCAAACCAGAAGUGUUAGCUGACUUAAAAGAAGAAACAGAGUUCUCUGAGGGGGAACUCAAAGAGUGGUAUAAGGGAUUUUUGAAGGACUGCCCUACUGGACAUCUCACUGUAGAAGAGUUCAAGAAAAUCUAUGGCAAUUUCUUCCCUUAUGGAGAUGCAUCUAGGUUUGCUGAGCAUGUGUUUCGUACAUUUGACAAGAAUGAUGAUGGCAAUAUUGAUUUCCGUGAAUUCAUGGUUGCACUGUCGGUGACAUCUCGUGGAAAGCUGGAUGACAAAUUAAAAUGGGCUUUCAGCAUGUAUGACAUGGAUGGUAAUGGUUACAUUUCUAGGGAAGAAAUGUUGGAAAUAGUCAAGGCUAUUUAUAAGAUGGUAGGCACUGUUAUGAAAAUGCCAGAUGAUGAAAGUACACCAGAGAAACGUACUGACAAGAUUUUUAAUCAAAUGGAUACAAACAGUGAUGGAAAACUUUCUCUUGAAGAGUUCAUUGCUGGGGCCAAGAAUGACCCAUCCAUUGUGCGUCUCCUGCAGUGUGAUGCCACAACUUCCACACCUCAACCACCUGUAGGAUGAAUACAGAAAUGUAACCGAUAAAAAAUUAUUAUAAUUCAAAAUGAAACUUGAAUAUAUGCUUGAUGCCACUGUAGUGUAGAAUACCUAUAUCUUGCUUGCUAGUUCUCUUGCUAUAAGUUUCCUCUUUUAGCAGUGGGUAUUUAGAACAUUGAUCAAUUACUAUUUAUACUUACUAUAAUUUCAGUCAUAAUGCUGAUAUUUGAUUUACAAGUGUACAUAAUUCUCAAAAGAAAAUUGUAUUUGAUUUAUAUAAUGACAGCCUUUUUUAAAGAGAGGGAAGAUAGACAUUGUGAAUUGUGUUAUGAGGUUGAUUUUUUUCAAUUGCUAUAUAUUUUAUGCAUGUAUUUAAUUCAUGUUCCUGCUGUGUACCUCAGGAAAUAAUGUUAUGUAUUGGAGUCUAAGCAUAAGUGAAAAUGGACUAGCAUACUUAACAUGUCAUGUGUUAAUUAAUAAGAAAAAAGAGAGCUCCACACUCUGAAUACCUUCGGAGCUUCAGAAAAUUGUUGAAAAUUUGUUUUCACCCACUUAUCUGUGGCUUGUAAAUGUGGAUUUAUGAAAUAAAGCACUACAGAAACAUGUAAUCGUUUUUUUCUCUUUCCAUAAGUUACUGCAAUAAUGUUAAUCUGACAUACACUGUUUUGUUUUUGCAGUUGUGCUGUAAUAUUUAUUUAAUACUUAUUUCAGGAUUGUCCUCUUUUGUUUUGACUCCUUAAGGGGUGAAAACAAAAACGUAUUUGUAAUUGUUGAGUUACUUUGGACACAAGCUUCAAAGUCAGCUCUUUAUUAACUAAAUGUUGAUGCCAAUUACAGACUGUUUAUAUUGCAAACAUGUAUUGAAGUACUUCCUUAUUUGUUGUUGUGCAUUUUCUCAAGAACUUGGGGAUUUAUUUGUUACUUGUAAUUGAUUACUCACUAUCCUCUAUGGUAUGAUUCUUCCUUCAAUCUUUGCACAAGCACUGGUAAAUAACCUCACCAACUUUUACUAUAUUAACUUUCCAGCAGUGAACGUUUCCUAAUCUCUCUCAAUUUGGGCAACCAAGUACAAAGGUUGUAAAAGAUUGGAUAAUCCAAGAUUUUUAAUUACCAUUUAGUGUUGCACGGCAACACCCAAACAUGAGUUUGCAUAUCCUUUAUACCGUUCUCUUUACAUUUCCUACAGUGCUGAUAAAAAGAAUUUGUUUCACAAUUAAGAGCUUCUUUUGUUUAUGAUCACUUCACUUAUUCUCAUGACUUAAAUGUUUGAUUCAGGUGUGAUAUUGUACGGAGAAAUUAGAUGCUUAUCAUUCUUAAGGUCUAAGGGUUAAGGUUAAAUGUAACUAGGUCAUUUCUUUUUUUCUGUCGAAUAUCAAGUUGACUUAAGUUGUCAUUUGAAUGGUUGCACAUCAGGGUUUCAUUAAAAAAAUUUUUUUUUUUUUUAGUUUUGAGUUAAAAGAAAGCAAAGUACCGCAUAAGACUUCUUGGGUUUUAUCAAACUUUAUUUUUUCAUACUUCUGCUGAUUUGAAAUACUCGACGAGUUUAGUGGCUUUGCUCAGGUGAUGUAAGGACUGUUCCUUUAAACAACUUUGUGCUAGAAUGUUUCUGACAAAUGAAAUAUACAGAACAUAAAAGAGAGUGUAACUAACUGUUAACAGCGGUUGUAAUCGUGAUCAAAUUAACCCUCGUACCUAAGCUUGAAAGUCAGGUGUCACUGCUGGGUGCACGGGUAACAAACACUUUUCUUCUCACUUCAACAAAGUCUGACCAUAAUUACUGACGCCGUCAACUUCAUCUGCUCUCUUACUAACCCAACUCACCGCUGACGUGCACCAACCAUCCAAGAUGCGUGGGAUUCGCCUGUUCACCUGUACUGCUCUUGUGUGACUGUCUCACAUUUGAUGAUGUACUGGUUUAACUCAGUUGCCCUCCACCCUUUUACAGGUUUCGCGCGUGAACAAUGGGCAAACAAAACAGCAAACUCAAGCCCGAAGUAUUGGCGGAUCUUAAAGAGAACACGGAGUUUAAUGAGCAUGAGCUACAGGAAUGGUACAAGGGCUUCCUCAAGGAUUGCCCGAGCGGUUAUCUCUCUGUGGAAGAGUUCAAGAAAAUCUAUGGUAACUUCUUCCCGUAUGGUGACGCAUCCAAGUUCGCAGAGCACGUAUUCCGCACGUUCGAUAGCAAUGGCGACGGCACCAUCGACUUCCGUGAGUUCAUCUGCGCUCUGUCCGUGACGUCGCGCGGAAAACUCGAGCAGAAGCUUAAGUGGGCUUUUAGCAUGUACGAUUUGGAUGGUAACGGUUUCAUCUCCAGACAAGAGAUGCUGGAAAUCGUCAAGGCCAUCUACAAGAUGGUGGGCUCUGUUAUGAAAAUGCCCGAAGACGAGAGCACGCCAGAAAAACGGACUGAGAAGAUUUUUAAGCAAAUGGAUAAAAAUUUGGAUGGAAAGUUAUCUCUAGCCGAGUUCAUCGAAGGGGCCAAGAGUGAUCCAUCGAUCGUGCGCCUACUCCAAUGCGACCCUGCUCAAGGAUCUUCGGGAGAAUAGAUUUCAUUUGAAUUGUUUUAGUGUUGACUUUUAUUCUUCCUUUCCCAUAGAGGAAUGUAAGUUUCGUCUCAUAUCUUGGUUAAACUCGUGAUAACUUCCUUUUAAGAUAUUUACUCUCUUAACACUUUUCUUCACUGACAAGCCAUAGAUUGGGCCGAGCAUGUCAAGUUUAUUGAGCACAGCUGACCUCUUUUGACGCGGGCAGUCAAAAGCUAGGUUCUUGGCAGAUUUGAAUCGGCGCAUUUAGCCUUCUAAGAGGAGCAGUUAUAGAUAAUUUUUGUCGAUGCACGAUUUGUUGUAUAUCUUAGGGUAAGUUUUCUAGAUCGAAAGUUGUUUCAUUGUCUACAAAGACAGCCUUACAGAGAGAAUUCAUCCCUUUUCUUUUUCCUUCGAAUCAAAUGGUGAUUUAAAGAGCAGAGUUUCGAUCACUUAAAGAGAACUCGCUAGUGGAAUAUUUAUUUAUUUAUUUCUAUGAUUGGUUUGUGGCAGAUAAGCACUGAUGGAGAAUAUGUUUUUCUUCUUGGUGUUUACCAGUGUCUUUUCUAAUGUAUCGAUGGAAACUCUCGACUUGAAAUAGGAAAGAAAACACAGAACAAAACACAAUUUCUUUAACUUUGUUGCUUGUUAGUGUAGCAAUGUGUUAAUAGUCCUUUACUUAUUCACUUUUUUGGCUUCGAGAACUAAGAAAGGUAAAGAAAUGUCUGCGAACAUUUUGACCUGUCAUUCCUAUAUAGAUAUGACAGUCAACGCCCCAAAAUUUUGAGGGAAAAUUCCUUUUUGUUGGAGAAACGGGUUUCCUUUCCAUAGCAGUUCUCAAGCAUCCUUGCUGAUGCACCCAAUUUUCGGCUUGGUGGUAAUGUCUUCUCAUCGGUCAGCUUUUGGAGCUGACGAAUCCUUACGAAUGUAAACCGAGGGGGUGAUUGCAUUUUUGCAUAACGGUUUUUAUGUGUGGAAGGUAAUAUGUUUUCUGAUAAGGCGUGCCAUAAAACAGAAUAUUGUUGUUGGGCUGCUCAUGAGAAGUGUACGUCCUUGAAGGGCAGAUAUGUUAUUAAAAUAUGAAUGGACUAGAAUAUUGUUUCUCAUAAAGAAUGUGGACGGUUAACUCAAUACUUAAGUUAGUUCUAGUUGUUCCAAUUAGUGUCUUAACUUAACUUAAUGAAUAUUUUGUCAUUACAGUGUACGUCGUGGUCCAGCAAUACUUAGGUUAACUUUUUCUGUAAAGUUCCACUAGUCGAAAAGGGAAAAAAAUUAAAAAGGUCUAUGAAUUGUUAAUGACAAGCAGACCUUGCGUUGCAGACUUAGAAGUAUUGUUUUAAUUUCUGAACGCCAGACGGAAGGAAUUCUUCGUUGUUGCCCCCCCACCUCUUAAAGUCUAGAAGGUGGGAGGUGUCUUUUGAUCCCACUGCUUUUGCCUUGGUUUUAUUGCGCACACUAUUUAGAUUUCAGAGCUUCUCUUAAGUUAUGACUUUACAGAAGUAGCCAAAUUCUGCUGAUUUCAUUGAUCUUGUCUUUGUCAAUGAGAGUGGUGAGAAAAAUAUAUUGAAGCGUGUAGAAUAGAACCCUGACGUGUGAACACUUCGACUAUUAGUGUUUCGGUGAACCUUUUAACCUCAAAUGUCCGCUCGGUGAAUGUCUCUUCUGACUGCCUACGUUACCUUGUAAAUUUGACAAAGAAUUUGACGUUAAAACUCGUGAUAAACUUGUCCAUGUACAAAAUCUUUUCGCAGGAAAAUUUAUUGAAAUCCCAAGGAUAAGUCAAAGCUAAACACUUCAGGGAGUAAAAGCCCUUAAAUUGGCAUCUUUUCCUGCGUUUAAUCGCUGAAUUUAUUUCUUCCUUUUUUUUUGGGAAUGAUGAAAAUGUAUCAGUAUUCGCGUCAACUUCCAUGUCUUCACAACACAGCUCUUCAGGUAGUAAAAGCCCUUAAUUGGCAUCCUUUCCUGCGUUUAAUCGCUGAAUUUAUUUCUUCCUUCUUUUUUUGGGAAUGAUGAAAAUGUCUCAUUAUUCGCGUCAACUUCCAUGUCUUACCUCGCCCCACCCUAUGUCAUACAUGGCCCCCCACCCUCUGCACCUGUGAAUUAAUACCUCAGACUACAGGGGUCUUGCAGGUGUAUGCAGAAAGAUCCUCUUAUAAACGAUUUAAAAGCUAACUGAGUGCGGUUAGAUCGUUUUGUUUUUGUCGGCCGUUGCUUUUGAGAUCAUUCGAUAUGCUUGUGCAUUAAAACGAUACAGAUACCGUGUUUACGUUAACGGUAACCACAAAUUAGGCAAAUUCAUGAUUUGGUCCAUGAUGAAGUCUAGGCUGAAGGCUUGUUUUAAAUUAUCUUUUCGAGAAAUUCAUUAAAAAAGAAUUUGUUAUGGCUAAACUUGACAAUGGUUUAAUGGAAUUUAAAGUUUAAAAGCAUCAGCAUUACUUAGUCUCCACUUCCCUUGAUUAGUUGCAAUGCGAAUCCUUACAAAGAUAACAUCUAAGAUCGCUUAUUUUCAGGCUUGUUGUUCUGACAUACUCUUCCGUGGUGUAGAGAUUAUACGGCAAGAGAAUGACGACAGACCGCAUUUUAAUUAUUACGAGGCAGAGACAAGUGAUUUUUAAGAUUUUCUCGUGUUCCCCUAUUUUCCUACGCGGGUUAUUAUGCUAGUAAAUAUAUGUAAAGAACAUUCAGGUACUCAUUGUGAAGCUCGGUCUAUUACAUUUAUAAAAUAACCAACGCAGUCAACGAUGGGCUUUUUUACCAAUCAGAGCUUGCGUACCCUCUCAGUUAUUUUGUAAAUGUGAAUACAUCAGACUUGUUUGCAUAACAUAACACAUGGGUUCUUUGUUUAAAAUUACAAAUUAACUUAGCGGUGUAUGUAUGUCGAAAACAAACAAUUGGUUUUGGUUUUGAGUCUUCACAGUAGGCAAACUCUGUCUGGAUCAGGCAUGAAAGUUUUUGUGAAUUUCAUUUGGUCAUGCGAAGAGACAGAAAAAUAUAUACGGAUCCCGUCUUUUCUUCGGUCUUAUACAAAAGGAUACUCCAAAUCUGACAAAAUUAAGAGUAAAUGUAACAAUUAAUAUUUAAUAUUAAAUCUUGUGCUUCGCUCGGAGCAGUUUUCUCUAAAUUUAAAUUUUCGACUCUGCGGUAUUUGCAUUACAAUGACACUUUUAAAAUUCUUCCUCCUGGAACGGCGCUGUUUCUGCUUUCACCUCCUAAGGUUGAGAGAAAGUGAAUCGUAAUAGGUUUUUUUCUUCUCGGUCGUAAUUCGUAAAAUAUCUGGUGUACGUCCGUGGUGAAGUGAAAACAUUACAUAUCUCAGGUCUGUGAAAACACAAACGAAAUACAAAGUAUUGUGGAUGUAAUAUUGUGAAUGAAAAUUCAUCAAUUCACCGAGACGCUGUCUUUUGAUUUGUCUCGCAGGUGCUGAGAGAUGGGGAAACAAAAUAGUAAGCUUCAGCCGGAGCAAAUUACCGACCUUGUUCAACAGACGGAAUUUAACGAGCAAGAACUACAGGAAUGGUACAAAGGUUUCCUCAAGGACUGCCCCAGUGGUCACCUUACUGUUGAAGAGUUCAAGAAAAUCUAUGGAAAUUUUUUCCCGUACGGCGACGCGUCAAAGUUUGCGGAGCACGUUUUUCGCACGUUUGAUAAGAACGAGGAUGGUACGAUCGACUUCCGUGAGUUCAUUUGCGCUUUGUCGGUGACUUCGCGCGGAAAACUCGAGCAGAAGCUGAGAUGGGCGUUCAGCAUGUACGACUUAGAUGGUAAUGGUUACAUUUCCAAAGAAGAAAUGCUGGAAAUCGUUAGGGCCAUUUAUAAGAUGGUGGGAUCUGUGAUGAAAAUGCCUGAAGACGAGAGCACGCCAGAGAAACGAGUCGAGAAGAUUUUCCAGCAAAUGGAUAAAAAUCUGGAUGGAAAGCUCUCACAGGCCGAGUUCAUCGAAGGAGCCAAAAGCGACCCCUCGAUUGUGCGCCUACUGCAAUGCGACCCUGCUGGGGGCUCCGGCUAG